AACCUCUGAGAGCGCAUGCUCGGCGUGCGGGGUGGGGCAGCGGGGUGCGCGUGGCAUUCUGGGAGCUGGGGUCCGGGGACGGCGGCUGACGCUAGUGCCGAACCCUGCGGAGCGCUGAGAUUGCCUCUUCCCGACGUGCCCCGCGGCGCAGGGCUGAACCCGGAAGUUCCGGGCCGAGGUCCCUGUGCCAACGAGUCCUAUCAGGGGAGGACGCAGUGGAGACAUGGCGGUGCCCGGCCCAGCCGUCUGCCUCUUCGACGUGGAUGGGACCCUGACGGCCCCGCGGCAGUGGUUGAGAAAUACGAUUACGUGUUUCCAGAAAAUGGCUUGGUAGCAUACAAAGAUGGGAAAUUCCUGAGUAAACAGAAUAUUCAAGGUCACCUGGGGGAAGCCCUAAUUCAAGAUUUAAUCAACUACUGUCUGAACUACAUUGCGAAAAUUAAACUCCCAAAGAAGAGGGGCACAUUCAUCGAAUUCCGAAAUGGGAUGUUAAACGUGUCCCCAAUCGGAAGAAGCUGCAGUCAAGAAGAGCGCAUUGAGUUCUAUGAGCUGGAUAAAAAAGAAAACAUAAGACAGAAAUUUGUAGCGGAGCUGCGGAAAGAGUUUGCAGGAAAAGGCCUCACAUUUUCAAUAGGAGGUCAGAUCAGUUUCGAUGUUUUUCCUGAUGGAUGGGACAAGAGGUACUGCCUGAGACAUGUGGAAAAUGACGGUUACAAGACCAUUUAUUUCUUCGGAGACAAAACCAUGCCAGGUGGCAAUGACCACGAGAUCUUCACAGACCCCAGGACCGUGAGCUACACGGUGACAGCGCCCGAGGACACACGCAGGAUCUGUGAGGAGCUCUUCUGCUAACGUGGGAGGGGAUGUGGUCCCAGCUGACGGCCUGAAAGGGGUGUUGGGCCACGCAGCUGAGGGUCCCUCCCCGACGUACACGCCCACCCUAGCCCCAGCCAGCUCUCCACACUGUGCCCAUCACUCCACCCCAGCCUGCGAUGCCACCACCUCCCGUGCAGAAGCAGGAGAGGAAAAGACUUGCCAAGAAGGGCCAUGGAGCCCACCCGGGACCCCUGAGCCUAGGACCCCUGCACAGUGGCACUACACACCCCUCCUUGCCAGGACUGAUGCAGGGAAGCGCUCUGACCUCCUCUUCUUAGGGCUUGUGAAGACACAAAGGUGCCAGCUCAGCGUUCAGACCCUGCAUCCACAACAGGCCAUUUGGGGAAGGAAAAAGGAAGGACGUCUGUCACGACCUUCCUGAAACAGCUUCUUACAAGAGCGGGCCAGGGGGCAGGAGGCUUGGCCAGUAUGAGCAGGCCCAGGCUGGAGCUCAUGGCUGGAUGCUGUGUCCAAGGCUGCUUCCUAUUAGUGGUCCAGGCGGCUGGCCUAGUGACAACUGACCCCAGGGAGCUCAUACCAGGUGGGCCUGGAGUCUGAGCAGCUCUGCGUUCACUACACAUGGAACAGCCUGGCCGCUCUCCUGUCCCACCAAGGCAGGAGGCGACGGGGACCAACCGCAGGAAAGAACUGGUGCCCCACAGCCCCUCCAGGCAGGCAGGGCCUUGUGGGGAUGUCACCCUGUUCCAACGCCUGCUGCCUCCCUGUUGGCCCUGGCUGUCCUUCCCGAGGCUUCCUCCACCUCCAGCCUGCCACCCGGCCCAGAAGCUGCUCCUUCACAUGAGGGACCUCCUAGCCCCUCACCCUUCACCCCAGCUGACAGCUGACGGCAGCAGCUGUGGCUAGGCCUGUGCCCAGCACUGCUCCCUCCUUGCCCGGAAAGCUCUUCCAGAAAUGGAGGAAGCGCACAACCUCGUGCAGGACAGUUAGGGGAGCUUGGCAAGGAAAGCUCAGGCCGCUUUUCAGUAUCUGGAAACCCCAAUACCCAUAAGCCUCAGUGAUGGUGCUGGGGCUCCCGACCUGAGCCUGGGCCAGAACCCUGCUGCCUUGUACCCCGCCUCCCUGCCUGCAGCCAGGAGUGUGCAUCAGGGACCCACCUGGUGCCCCCACCCCCCACAAACACACACACUAGGUGGGGUGGGCCUCAGGUCACAGCCACCCCAUGGCAUCUUUCCUGGUUGAGUUUUGCAAAUGAUACUGUAAUGAUCUUUCACAAUGAGCACAUUAAAAUGAUUUAUUUCCUAUU